GGGCGAUCCCGAUACAACACAAAGAACACUCCAUACAUGUUAUACAUAUCUACACUCAAUAUAUCAAUCGAAAAAUGUUAAGGCGUGCUGCCUGAACUCUACUUUGCGACCUCAGCCAUGGUCUUUUUUUCUGUGUCUCCGCAAAUGAUAUAUUCCAGCCAUCGCAAAGUCAAGUCGCAAUGAAAUCAUCUCAACCCCCUUAUUAUGAGAUACAGGGACCAAAACAACCUGCUAUUCAAGAUAUUACAUAUAUUGCAUUCCAGUUCUAGCCGAAAAAAAAAAAUAAAAAAUAAAAAAUAAAUAAAAAGAAAAAAAGCGUGGUUCGUAUCUCAAUAUAAAAAAUUUUCACAGUUUGUCGCCACCCGUGGUUCGCGCGAUUUGUCUUCCCACCGACCCGACCCGUUUAUAGAUAAAAAAUAAUAUAUCUCCAAUUUCUUUUAUGCGGUUUUUGAUAUCCAUCUGUUCCUGUAAAUUUACAUUCUCUCUGUACUAGGGAAGUUUUGUUUAUUAUUAUUUUAUUUUUUUUCCUCUCCCCCUCGUCCGUGUUCUCUUAUUGUUUUUCUUGUCCUUGAAGCAAGAUACCCCCUCUCUCGGUAUUGCACUAUAGCCCGUGUAUAUUUCAUUUUUGUAGUAUCUUGCGCGAAUAUCUAGUCGUAUGAGCAGCUACAGGUAAACAAGCAAUACAGCGCGGUCCAGCACAAUUCGAUAUUCUACAAUGGCAGGACCUGAACCAUCAACAUCCUCAUCUUCGACGCCUCGGAACAUCGCACAGCGUGAAACUGAUGAUAAUGAUCUACGAAGACGAUGGGCGUCGGAGAUAUCCACAAGGCAUAAUACAUCUUCCGCAGCGCCUAAUAGCUUCGAUAAUUUUGCUCGUUCGUGGCAGCGGGCAGCUCAUUUCCCAGAAGUCGCUCCCCGGAGAUCCUCGUUCGUCCUCGCCCUGCCAGAUGACGAGGAACAUGGCCAUAGGCUAUCCAUAGACGAAACCAGGGCCCUUCUGCGCCGACGUUCUGGCCCCAGUGAACGAGGGUUGGAAACCCCCUUCGGUGAGGCAGAAUAUUUACUCGACUACGGAACUGUAGAUGCCGAGUUCGAUAUAUCCCCGCGCACCACACCGCUACUGGGACGAAGUUACGAACCCUCGUAUGGAACGACGGUGACGUCUAGAAUAAGCGAAUCUACCAGGCUGCACGCAGCACAGCUACAUAGGGAACACCAGUUUAUCGAGGCAGAUGCCGCAGCGGAUACGGAUUCCGAACGCGAACCCUUCAUCAUCAAGCGCAUCCAGCACGAAGACGGCUCCAAGGAAGCCAUCAUCGUCGGCCAAUCCACCGUCCCGCAGACAAUUUUCAACUCCGUCAACGUCCUUAUCGGAAUCGGCCUGCUUAGCUUGCCACUGGGCCUCAUGUAUGCGGGCUGGCUUAUCGGCAUCCCGCUCCUCAUCUUCUCCGCAGUGGCUACCGCAUACACGGCCAAAAUCCUUGCCAAGUGCAUGGACGUGGAUCCCACCCUCGUUACGUAUGCGGACCUGGCGUAUAUCAGCUUUGGUCCCCAGGCCCGUAUCGUCACCAGCUUACUCUUCUGCUUGGAACUGAUGGGCGCAUGUGUUGCUUUGGUUGUGUUGUUUGCUGAUAGUAUUGAUGCGUUGGUUCCGGGCCUAGGCGCACUCCGAUGGAAACUGAUAUGUGGUGCGAUUUUAAUUCCGAUGAAUUUUGUGCCCUUGCGGCUGCUAAGCCUGUCGAGUAUUUUGGGGAUUUUUUGCUGUACUUCUAUUGUUCUGAUUAUUUUUGUUGAUGGCAUCAUCAAACCAGAGUCACCAGGCUCCCUUCGUGAUCCUGCGCGGACAUCACUUCUUCCUGAAAACUGGAGCGCUGUUCCACUUUCAUUUGGACUAAUCAUGUCUCCCUGGGGCGGCCACAGCGUCUUUCCAAACAUCUAUAAAGACAUGAGACACCCGCAUAAGUACGGUGUGAGUCUUUGGGUAACCUAUAUCUUCACGUUUCUGUUAGACCUAGCCAUGGCCGUUGCUGGCUGGCUCAUGUUUGGCCCUAAUGUCAGAGACGAAAUCACAUCCAACAUUCUCCGAACAGCCGGAUACCCCAACUGGCUAUCAGUCUGUAUCGUGGCUUUCAUCGCAAUCAUCCCAUUGACCAAAGUACCUCUUAGCUGCCGCCCCCUAGUAAGCACCGCUGAAUCCCUCUGCGGCCUCCACCCACCCCCGCCAUCCCACCGCCACCACAAAAACAAGCAAAAACCCAAACCCCACACCCACACCCACACCCACAGCCACUCACCUAGCCCCUUCCUCCGCACAGCCGUCCAAUCCAUCGCCCGCAUCCUAACAAUCUGCAUAAUAACCUUCACCGCCAUCGUCUUCCCCUACUUCGACCGCAUCAUGGCAUUCAUCGGCGCGAGUCUGUGCAUCACCAUCUGCAUCAUCCUGCCGGUGGCGUUUUAUCUCAGGAUAUUCGGGAGCAGUAUUCCGUUUUGGGAGAGGGUGGUGGAUUGGGUGUUGUUGGGCGUUUGUUCGGUUAUGGCAGUUGUAGGGACGGUGUGGGCGUUCAUUCCGAGGGAGAGGAUUGGGUUGAGUUGAGUUCGUUUUCUUUUUCUUUUUCUUUUUCUUUUUCU